UCGGCCGCCGCCGCUCUCCUCCACGGAAACCCUGGACUAAACCCUCGCUCCCUUCCGCUCCCUCCCUCCAGGCGCCGGAAAAGCGUGCGAGCUCCCAGCCACCGCUGCGCCCCUCUCCCCGCCCUUCGCCAUGGACCCCAGCUUCCGGUUCGACCCGGACGGCUCCGACGACGAGGCCGCGGCGGUCCCCGCCGCGCGGCGCAAGCCGGCGCAGUCGCCGUGGGAGUUCUCGUCCUACGCGGAGUCCGUGGCGGCGGAGCACGCGCGCCGCCGGACCACCUCCAUCGACGAGAAGAUCUCGCAGCUGCGCAAGGGCCGCGGCAAGCCCGUCCUCUCCGACGACUCCGAGGGCGGGAGCGGGGAGGACGAUAGCGAUGAGGAAGAGGUGGAGGGGGAGAGCGGGGACGAGGAGGACGAGCUGGAGGAGAGCGAAGACGAGGAGGAGGUAGAGGGGAGCGGAGAUGAUGAUGAUGAGGAGGAGGUCGAGGGGAGCGGCGAUGAGGAGGCGGGCAGCGAGGGGGAGGGGGAGGAGGAAGAAGGCGAGCAGGGAGAAGAGGAAGAGGAGGGUGCUGAUGAGGAAGAAGAUACAGCCGAGCAGAAUGGAACAAGCGGCACAGUGGAUCCUUCUAAAUUUUUCGCUUCCUCAGAGGGAGCUUCGUUCCAUGCAAAUUCGUUCCUUGAGCUCAACUUGUCGCGCCCACUAAUUCGAGCUUGCGAAGCGCUUGGUUACCAGAAACCAACCCCGAUACAGGCUGCUUGCAUACCUUUGGCAUUAACUGGAAGAGACAUAUGUGGUAGUGCUAUAACAGGAUCUGGAAAGACAGCUGCUUUCUCUUUACCUGUGCUGGAACGUCUACUUUUCCGGCCAAAACGUGUACCUGCAAUUAGGGUGCUUAUUCUUACUCCUACCAGAGAAUUGGCUGCUCAGAUCCAUAGUAUGAUUGAGAAGUUGGCCCAGUUUACUGAUAUCAGAUGUUGUCUCAUUGUUGGAGGACUUUCAACUAAGGUUCAAGAGGUAGCUCUAAGGUCAAUGCCUGACAUCGUUGUAGCCACUCCUGGGCGCAUAAUAGAUCAUGUACGCAAUUCUCUCUCAGUUGGGCUUGAAGAUCUAGCUGUUGUGAUCCUUGAUGAGGCUGACCGUCUGCUAGAACUGGGUUUCAGUGCUGAAAUUCAAGAACUGAUUCGCAUGUGUCCGAAAAGGAGGCAGACUAUGCUUUUCUCGGCUACGAUGACAGAAGAAAUUGAUGAACUUGUAAAGCUUUCACUAAAUAAGCCAGUCCGUCUUGAAGCUGAUCCUUCUCUGAAACGGCCUGCAACAUUGACUGAAGAGUUUGUUAGAAUACGACGAGCGCGUGAAUCAAACCAAGAAGCUGUUCUACUUGCACUUUGUUUGAAGACUUUCAAGCAAAAUGUUAUCAUCUUUAGUGGGACAAAGCAAUCUGCUCACAGGUUGAAAAUAAUAUUUGGUCUCUCUGGUCUGAAAGCUGCUGAACUUCAUGGCAACCUUACGCAGGCCCAGCGACUUGAGGCUUUGGAACUUUUCAAGAAACAAGAAACGGACUUUCUGAUUGCCACUGAUAUUGCUGCUCGUGGAAUUGAUAUUGUUGGUGUUCGGACUGUAAUAAAUUUUUCUUGCCCACGAGAUGUCAAAACAUAUCUUCAUCGUGUUGGCCGCACAGCGCGGGCAGGGAGGGAAGGAUAUGCUGUGACAUUUGUAACAGAUGAUGAUAGAUCCCUCUUGAAAGCAAUUGCAAAGAAAGCUGGUUCACAGCUGAAAAGCCGCAUCGUUGCUGAGAAACCUGUGGCUGAUUGUGCAAAAUUGAUCGAGGAACUAGAAGACCAAAUUUCGACUAUCUUUCGAGAAGAAAGGGAAGAAAUGGAAGUGAGGAAAGCUGAAAUGGAAUUAGCAAAGUUAGAAAAUAUGAUGGCUCAUAAGGAGGAUAUAUACUCACGGCCAAAGAGAACCUGGUUUGCUACUGAAAGAGAGAAGAAGCUUUUGGCAAAGGCUGCUAAAGACUCUUUGGACCAAGGUAAAAGUACCUCUGGAGUUAUUAGUGCAAAACAAGCUGAAGACCUCCGUCUGAAGGAGAAAAGGAGAAGGGAGAAUGAGAAGAAUCUACCUAGGAAAAAGCGCCGAAGAUUAGAGGCACAGCGGGAGAUGUUAGAAGAUGAUGAAGAAGAUGACAAGGAAGCAAAGGAAAAUAAUAAAGGAGGGAAGAAGGCAAAGAAAGGCCAAUCUCUAGUGGAUGUGGCUUAUCGUAAGGCAAAAUCAAUGAAGGGGGCCAGUAGACGGGGUCCUGGUGCGGGCAAAGGGAAGAAUGAGAAGAAUGCAAGACAACACUCUGAGAAGGGCCCGACUAGGCAGGAGGAGAUGCAUGAUCUGUUCCAGAAUGAUAUGAGUGAAUGGAAACAGGGACGUGCCUUGAAGAAAAACAACAAUUUCGCCCACAAGAAAUCGAAGAAUGCUUUUAAGAGCAAAGCAAGGUACAAGCGCCGAAAGUAGAAUCCUCGCUAUCUUGCACCGGAGAGUGUAUUACAUCCCCUGUAGUAUCAUUUUUGACUGACAUCUUGCACUGGAGAGUGUAUUACUACACCCCCUUGUAGUAGUAUCAUUUUUGACUGACUGGUCCUGAACAAACAUCAGGAUCCAGAUGAUGCGCCUUUUACCUUGUGCUUUUGUUGGUUGUAAAAUUACUUCAUCGUAGCAUGUAGUGAUCCACAUAAUUUUCCCUUAUAUCCAAUGUUCCCUGAAAACCUA